AUGAUGCAAUUUCGAAUUUCACUGAUAGUUCGCGUAAAUCGUCACACGGAAUGUUUAAAACUUUCCUGCUUCGUCUUGGUCGUUGCGCUAAGUGACGCCAGACGUGUGCGUGUCAGAACGCGACCUGUCGAAGACAGUGAACAACUCAUCCAAGAGUCAGAAAACUCCGAAGAAGAACGUCGUCCCAUUGUGCAAUAUUUCCGCGCAGAUCCACGUGCCGACACCGAUCAACGAAUUGUCCUAGUUCCCGCCUCCGGAUCCGACGAAGACUAUUCCGACAUUUAUCGUCCCACAACGGCGCGAGCUCGUGCCGAUCACGUGCGUCCCCAACCCCAACAAAUCGCCUACAAAUCGACAACUGUCGCCCCACGUCGCAAACAAGAUGACAUCACGAAACAACCGCCCGUUCAAACGAUCCGAAAUUACAACAAAGUGAACGAUGACGGAUCCUUUACGUUCGGCUAUGAAGCUGCCGACGGUUCGUUCAAGGAAGAAACUCGCGGUACGGAUUGCGUUGUUCGCGGAAAAUACGGAUACAUCGACCCUGAUGGCAAUAAACGUGAAUUUACCUACGUUUCGGGCAAUCCAUGCGAUCCUAACAAUCCUGAAGGAAGUGAUGAGGAAAAUGCUGCUUCGGAGGAGGAAAGUGACGAAAAUGUUCCACAAAAUUAUCCUCAACGUCGUCCUGUAGCGAGACCUGCCCCAGUGCCAAGACCCGUUCAACAUACAACUCAGCGUCCCACGACGACAGUUUUCCAAAAUGUCUAUGCGCAUCAAUCGCUGGGAACGCCCUCUGAAGAAUCCGAAGAAGAAAACAUCCCACAAACGAUCCAAAUUGGUCAACGCCCCCUGAGACCGUCGCCCCGCCCCUUGGCACAAACGUCACAAACGCCACGCCAUCGUGUGCAAAUUGUCAAUACGACACCAACGCCCACUACCGCCUACAACCAAGCAACGCAUCCCGUGAGUAUUACGCCCCGCCCAAAUUACCGCCCAGCCCAAUCCACAAACUUACCAGCGACAACUUAUAAACCACCCGUUCACUUUAUCCAAACGCAGAAACAACAAAAUGUUCCCGUAACGACGCCAGCUUCGUUCGCGACAUCGACGCGCGGCAGUAGUUUCACCUCGACCCAACAUGGCGGCCAAAUUGACUUUGAUGCGGAAUUCAAAAAGUUCCAAAAAGACAACAACGUUCAUCAUACGCCCUCGAGUACGCCCUCUAUCGUUUCCUCCACACCCAAACAAUUCAAAGCUUCGACUCCCAAAUCGCCCGCCACCAACGCCCCCAUUUACCAAUCCCAACUGAUCUAUGACCCGCAAACUGGGCAAUAUGACUCGAAUUUGUACCAACAGCUGCCCCAAACUGACGGAGAUUUCCAACUGAAUCACCGCAUUCAGCCGUAUGUGCAUCAACCUGUUACAGCGGCAGCGCCACACCUAGUCAAUCUCCAGCAACUACAAGAUCAAAGCCCCCUCUACCGGCACCAGAUUCAACAUGCUGCCCAACCUGCCGCACAAAUUCCGCAGCAAUUGUACCAACGUCAACAAAGCGAACAACAAUUCCUCAAUUCGCAGCAACUCUUUGCUCAACAACUGCAGCUGCAACAGAGCCAAUUGCAACGUGAUCGGGCCCAGGCAGCGACCCGUGCGCCCCACAGAUUCCAAGUUCCCGCGUCGGCAGGACAGCAAUACUACUACGUGCAGCAGCCCAAUGGCAACGGGCAAAUUGAUGCAUUUUUACGAGGACACAACAUUGACUUCAACUAG